AUGUCGGCUGGUUCGGAAAGCAAGAUAGUCGUAUCGGCUGACGGGACUGAGAUCUAUGCAAAUGCCAUCGGCGACCCAUCACAGCCCGCACUCGUUUUCAUGCACGGGUUCUCCAUGAGUUCUUUGGUUUUCGAUGCCAUCUUCGACGAUCCCAAAUGGUCGUCCCAAGUAUACCUAGUACGAUACGACAUGCGCGGGCAUGGGAGAAGCGGAAAACCUAUUGACGAGGCUUCAUGGGAGUCCAGACGCCUGUGCGACGACUUUGACGCAGUCCUGCAGGCUUUCAAGAUCCAAAAGCCCAUUGUCGUGGGAUGCUUCCACCCACCAUCUUAUCUAGCCGGGAUCAUUUACGUCGCAGCGUUGCCUUACAUGGGCCCCGUGAUGGCGAAAGUCGGCACUCCCGACAUCUUGGGAUGCCUUCCGGCCUUGAUGCAAACGACUGACGUCGACGCCUUCCAAAACGCUGCGAUAUCGUUCAUAGACCGCCUAUCCUCAUCGAUGUCGCAUAAUUUGCGGCAAGCGUGCUUCGGAAAUUAUAUGGUCCAACCUCGUGCGGUCACCCUUCGCCUGCUCACUCGUGUUCAGAGCGAAGAAGGGUUGCUAGAGGCCGGGCGGAGCGGAGGGCUGCCUAUGUUGGCGGUACUUCCGAAGAAGGAUCAGGUGGUGUAUGGGGCUGAGACCCUGAAAGCAGUUGAUGGGUGGAAGAAUCUGCACGUCGAAGAGCUGGACAACGGGGAUCACAUGCCUUGGUUAUCAGAAGAGCUUGCCUUCAGAGAGGCAGUAUUGCGUUGGACAAACAGAAUUUUCCAUGGAUUGAAGGAUUGA